AUGCGUAGAAUAGACAUAUUACGAAUGAACAUUUAUGUGUAUAAUCAGUUAAUUAAAAAGGAACAAAUCGUGAUUGAGCAGAUCAAAAAGGUGACGAAGAAAAUGGAGUUGGUUUCAUUGCCUGAACUUCCUGAGAAGAAAUAUGAAGUGGAAAAAGUGAAAGUGGGAACCAAGCCGGUGGCGAGAAAGAAAUUGCAAUCGUACGUGGAUAAUUUAUAUGUGGUGGCAAAAGAGAAAGAAAGAAAAGAAAGAGAAGAGAAGGAAAGAAAAGAGAGAGAAGAAAAGGAAAGGAAAGAGCGUGAGGAAAGAGAAAGGAAAGAGAAAGAGGAAAGAGAGAGAAAGGAGAGAGAAGAGAGAGAAAGAAAAGAAAAGGAAGAAAAGGAAAGAAAAGAAAGAGAAGAGAAGGAAAGAAAGGAAAAGGAGGAGAAAGAAAAAGAGAGAAAAGAAAAGGAAAAGGAAAAGGAGGAGAAAGAAAGAGAGAGAAAAGAAAAGGAAGAGAGAGAAAAGUCGGCGUCGCAGAAGAAGCCAGGCAGCGCAGACACUUCAUCCAGUUCGACUUUACCAUCGAAUCCUUCACAGCAACCAGCUCAACAACAACAACCCAGUGGAUUGUUCGGUCAAAAGAAUCAGCAGCCAGCUCAGCAACAGCAAUCAGGCGGAGGCUUGUUCGGUAAUAACAAUCAACAACAACAACAACAACAACAACAAGGUGGAGGCGGCUUAUUUGGUAAUAAGGGUCAGCAGCCAGCUCAGCAACAACAAGGAGGCGGAGGAUUGUUCGGUAAUAAAGGCCAACAGCAACAACAGCAGCAGCAACCAGUUCAACAACAGCAGCCAGGUGGAGGCGGCUUAUUCGGUAAUAAAGGCCAGCAACCUCAGCAACAACAGCAGCAAUCAGGCGGAGGCUUGUUCGGUAAUCACAAUCAACAGACACAAGGCGGAUUGUUCGGUCAGAAGAAUCAGCAGCAGCAACAACAACAACAAGGUGGAGGCGGAGGAUUGUUCGGCAAUAAAGGUCAGCAACAGCAAUCAGGCGGAGGCUUGUUCGGCAAUAACAAUCAACAGACGCAAGGCGGCCUGUUUGGUAAUAAUAAUAAUAAUACUGGCCAGCAGCAACAGCAGCAACAGCAAUCAGGCGGAGGCUUGUUUGGUAAUCACAAUCAACAAAUGCAAGGUGGAUUGUUCGGUCAGAAGAAUCAGCAGCCAGGUCUACAGCAACAAUCAGGCGGAGGCUUGUUCGGCAAUAAUAAUACCAAUACUAGUGGACAGCAGCAAGGAGGCGGUUUGUUUGGCAGUAAUAACAACGCUCAGCAGCAACAACAGCAACAAUCAGGCGGAGGUUUGUUCAGUCACCAGCAGCCGCAAGGUGGUUUGUUCGGGCAGCCUGGACAGAAUGCAGGGAAUCGUCCGGUAGAUCCAGUAGGUAAAUAG